GGGUUUGACGAGCUUCCAGACACCUGUCGUACUCCACAGUCUAUAUUCCUUCGACUUAUAUGUGGUGAGCUAUUGCCACUGGCUACUGUGAUGGUCACCAGUCGACCUUGGGCUACAGGAAUGUUUCUUGAGCAUUACAAGCAUCGUUUGCUCCAACAUAUUGAGAUAAUGGGCUUUACCACUCAACAAAUCUCUGAAUAUAUAAAGAGUGCCUUACCUCAGGGUGAAGCUAAGGACCUGGAGUCUUAUGUUAAGAAUCGUCCUCCGAUCAGAGGCUGCAUGUACAUCCCUCUGAACAGUGCUAUUGUGGUGACAGUAUAUCAGGACAGACAGGCCAGUGGGUGUCCUCUGCCUACAACACUAACUGAACUAUACACUGCUCUCGCACAAAUACUGCUAGUUCGAUACCUACGUGGUCAUCCCGAGCUGGAGAAAGGCAGUCAAUGUAUAGGGAUUUUUAAAGACCUACUUGUCCCAUGUAGAGUACAGACAAACUUUGCCGAGCUAUGUAAAUUAGCAUACAAAGGCAUUGUAGGGGAAAGUAAUCAGGUACAACUGAUAUUCAAAGAGUCAGAGCUACCAGCAGACUUUGACAAUCUUGGGUUCAUGGACUCUGUCACUGAGCUCUAUGUAACUCGUGGGACAGUCUCGUCCCACAACUUCCUACAUCUGACAUUUCAGGAGUUCUUUGCUGCAGUCCACAUCUCUACCAUGUCACCAGCAGACCAACUGGUACACUUCCAGAAACACGAGGAUGGUAGGUUGAAUGUAGUGCUGAGAUUUCUGGCUGGCAUCACCAAGUUAAGCUGUUUUUCAAGUGAAGGUGCAUCUAUAACUUCUCAGUGCUUUACAGGUGGUCAUUACAGCCAUGAAUGUGACAUUGCAGUUAAUAGUCAACUUGUAAACUGGAUGUUUGAAACUCAGAGCAAAAACGUCAGUGCACUACUCAAUGUGAAACAUGGCACUGGACCAUUAACAAUUAAGUUCAAAGGCGGCAUGUCAAUGUUACCAAUGGACUACUACUCUCUGGGUUACUGCAUAGCCCACAGUGAGUGUCAGUGGGUGUUGGAUAUGUGUGAGUUGCACACUUUAGAUAGAGAAAUGAUAGAAAUCCUGGUAAAUGGAGCUGAACUCAGGUCUGACACUUGUGGAAGAGUGGUGGGUUUUAUAGGU